CUCCAGAGAGUUGAACUUUGGAAGAAAGUGUGGAGCCAACGAUUCCCUUUCUCCUGAGCAAUAAUGCAGCAUCUCUUGUCGUGACAAAAAGCUAUGGCUUCUCUGGCGCUCCAGCAAGUGUGUCUUGUGAUCUCCAUUGCAGCCUUCGUAGUUUUCUUGAUUGCGAGCACUCACGAUGAUACGUUCUUCGCCACCUCGUACUCCAAAGACAGCACAAUGCAGCAAGGCAUGGCGAUCACGCCUGGAAACCAUCGCGACGCCGUGCUAGCAAGCGCGAGCGACGGAGGUAAAAAUGUGAUCUUGGCGAGCUUGAACAAGGCAUGGGCGGAAGAAGGGGCGCUCCUUGAUAUCUUCCUUGGAGGCUUUAGAUCCGGGAACAAGACCGCUGAAUUGCUCGAGAAUCUGGUCCUCGUGAGCCUCGACGAGGUUGCUCACCAGCGCUGCCUCGCGAUCCACAAGCAUUGCCUCCUCCUCGAGACCAGCGGCGUGGAUUUCUCGUCGCGGGAGGCCCUGUUUAUGUCGCGGGAUUUCGUCUGGAUGAUGAAGCGCAGAGUGGAGUUCCUCGGGGAAGUUCUCGAGCUGGGAUAUAAUUUCAUCUUCACGGACUUGGACGUUCUUUGGCUCCGCAAUCCUUGGAACCAUCUCAAUCGCGGCGCUGCCGACAUCGCAGUCUCGUGCGACGUAUUCCAUCGAGGCAAUGCGAGCAGGAGCAAAGCAAACACGGGAUUCAUCCACGCCAGAUCCAACGCCAGGACGAUCAAGCUCUACAAAUUCUGGGCGUCGCGGAUGGAGCAGCAGCCGGGCAAGAACGAGCAGCAGGUUUUCAACGCGUUUCGAUCGUCCCCGGAGUUUGGCGCGCUCGAAAUUCGUGUAGAUUUCCUGCCGACAUCACUGUUUAGCAACUUCGGGGACGUCGGGGCGCGCGACAUGGGCAAGAUCGUCACGAUGCACGCCAAUUGCUGCAAGGGCAUGGCGGCCAAGCUGGCCGAUUUGAAGCUCACGAUGGAAGAUUGGCAGGAUUUCAUGGCGUCGCCCGUCCAGGAAAAGAGAUUUCGAUUCAGAGCGCCAGAUAGCUGCAAGAGAUCGUGGGAGAAGAAAAUCUCCAUGUAAUGGUUCCAUGGAAAUAUAGUGACGCCAUUGUCAAA